GCAGGAAGGCGACCAAUCAGGUCACUUGGAGGACCGGGCGGGCGACGAGACCAAGGCAAGCAAAGCACCCCCUCCCACCCCCCUGCUUGCGUGGGCAGCCAACUUGAAGGGAAGAAAGGGCAGCUCCUCUUCUCUCCCAUGAUGUUGCAGGUGGAGGAUUUCCAGACGGGCAGCUCGAGCCAGACCUCGUGCCGGGAGCUGGGGGGCGACUACCCGCGGGCGGACGGAGGCGACCCGGGCGCCGACAAGCUGUACAUCUGCUCGGGCUGCGGCCUGGCGUUCAGCCAGUCCCUGGAGCAGCUGAGCCACAACUGCGAGCGGGCGGCGGUGGCUGCGGCGGCGGCGGUGGCCACCACCGCGGCGGCCGAGGGGGCGUACCGCUUCCUGUACCCGCCGCCGGCGGCCGGGGCCCCGUCGCCCCGGCACAUCGCGGUGGGCUUCGGCGCUGACAAGCCCUUCGUGUGCGCCGGCUGCGGCUUGGCCUUCGGCCAGGUGGCCGAGCGGGAGGGCCACAGCUGCGGCCGGGCCCUGGGCCGGCCCUGCCACUUCCUCUACCCGCCGGCGGCGGCGGCGUCGGUUCCGCCGCCGCCGGCCGGGCCGCGCCACCACGGGUCGCCCAACGGCGCCGGCGCCGGCGGCACCGGCAAGCUGUACCCCUGCCUGGCCUGCGGGCGCAUCUUCGGCCGCUCCUCCAACCUGGCCCGGCACCGGCGCAGCCACACGGGGGCCCAGCCCUACCAGUGCGGGGACUGCGGCAAGCGCUUCAACUACCCGUCGGAGCUGGAGACUCACCAGCGGGUCCACACCGGCGAGCGGCCCUUCACCUGCUCCGUCUGCGGCAAGGGCUUCACCCAGUCCUCCAACCUGCUGACCCACCAGCGGGUCCACACCGGCGAGCGGCCCUUCACCUGCUCGCUGUGCGGCAAAGGCUUCACCUGCUCCUCCAAGCUGCUGACCCACCACCGCGUCCACACCGACGAGCGCCCCUUUGCCUGCCCCGAGUGCCGCAAGGGCUUCAAGAGCUCCAAGGAGCUGAUGAUGCACCAACGCAUCCACACCGGCGAGCGCCCCUUCCGCUGCAGCCACUGCGACAAGCGCUUCACCCGCUCGGCUGACAUGCUGACCCACCAGCGGGUCCACACCGACCGGCGCCCCUUUGCCUGCCCGGCCUGCGCCAAGCGCUUCAAGAGCUCCAAGGAGCUGAUGCAGCACGAGCGGGUCCACACCGACGAGCGCCCCUUCCUGUGCGGGCACUGCCCCAAGCGCUUCAUGUACUCCUCCAACCUGCUGAGGCACCAGCGCAUCCACGUCGAGCGGGGCGAGACCCCGUACCCGCACCAUCAUCGCCACCACCGGGCCAGGCUGCUGAGAGGGGAGGAUCGAACGAGACGGGAAAAGCUCCUGGGAAGUCGAGACCCGGCGAGGGAGCCCCCAUCCCCCGCCCAGGGCCUUCGGGAGCCGGGGGUGGGGGGGGGGGGCGUGGGGGGGUGGGGUUGGGAGAGGGGUGUGCCGGUGGCACAGACAGGCCACACACCUGCCCCACCUGCGGGAGGGGGCUUUGCCCAGGCCUACACCGUGCGAGCCCACCAGCUCGUCCACAGCGAGGAGAGGCCCUUCCCCUGCCCGGACUGCGGCAAAGGGUUCACCAAGCAGCGCCACCUGCUGCGGCACCGGCGCGUUCGCUCCGGCAAGCGGCCCUUCGCCUGCCCCGCGUGCGGCAAGGCGUCGGCCCAGUCCUCCCACCUGCGCACCCACCGGCGGGUCCACGCCGACGAGGCACCACCCUGA